UCUUAUCGCCAAAUCGGUCUGUAUGCUCACGUUGGGCAAAUAUAUACCUGCAUAUUGCUCAUUCCGCCCAUCUUAAACUGCCACUAAAACGAAAACACGUCCGGACACAGUCUCCGGUCGUGAGUGGUCCCUGGAGCGGAGUUCAACUGGGUGGCGCAUAGUGGGCUUGUUAUCUCCGGGUGAGAUAACGACUCCGAUCCCACGGCCAUAAAUACACCCACAGCAUCUAUUAGCUGAUUCUCAGUCUAGCAGUUUGUGCAACAAGUUGAAGGUGUUUUCUUCUGGGCUCUUCGUUUGAGCAGUCUUCUUCGGUUAAUUGGACUAGGAAACUUUUUCAGUUGGACCUCAUCAGAAUGUGCCUGCCAAAGCGAGUUGGUGGGCUGGCCAUCCAGAGUGUUGCCACGGCUUUAGGCAACAUUCUGUGUUUUAAUUUUGGCCUAAUGUUUGGCAUUACACCGGCGCAUAUGAGCCUUUAUGAGUCCGAGCAAAAUACCCCUCUGAACGAGGUAACCGAUCCGGCGGGAACUGCCUGGCUGACAGGUUACCUGUUCCUCAGCGCCGCCAUCGGAGCCUUCUGCUCUGGAUUCCUGGCCCUACGGAUUGGCCCCAAGUCCGUGCUUCUCUGCUCUGGACUGCUUCAAAUUUCCGGUUGGGCCUGCAUUCAUUUUGGAUACGAUAUAGUUCACAUCUACGCCUCCCGGCUGUUUGCGGGCGUGGCAUCUGGCGCAGCUUUCGUGGUCCUGCCGAUUUUCAUCAACGAAAUAGCCGAAUCGCGAGAGAAAGCGGCCCGUCUGACCUUCACCAUUGAGCUGUGGCGCACUCUGGGCAUCCUCAUGGGAUUCGUCCUGGGCUUUUACGUUCCCUACCAUCUGGUCAACGUCGUGGGGUGCGCAGUAUCCUUUGUGUUCACGAUGACGUUCCCCUUUGUGCAGGAGAGUCCGCACUUUUAUUUGCGCAGGAACAAUUUGGCCAGCUUGGAGAAGUCGCUGCGCUGGUACCGUGGCAUCCGGGACAUUGACGAUCGCGACAAGCCGGAGUACCUCAGCGAACUGGCCGAGUUUCAGGCGGAGCUGAGGAGCAGGGGCAAGAAUGUGGGAUCCACGCCCCUGUCGCACGGCUAUAUCAUCCGGCUGACUUUCGUCAGCUUCCUGCUGACCGUUUGCGCCAAAUUGAGUGGCGUUUUCGUGGAGCUGAACUACGCAGCGGACUUCCUCGGACGCACCGGCUACUCCACGGAAACCAAUUACGUAAUCCUGGCCAGCGCCCAGUGUGUCGGAGCGCUCCUCGCCCGCAUCCUUGGUCCCCGCCUGCCGCGCAAGCUCCUGCUCUGCAUUUCAUCGCUUCUUGCAGCGGUGGCGGUCAUGGCAUUGGCGUUAUUCAAGGUUUACGGGCAGUUUUGGCUGCUGGGCAGUUGGGCGGAACGCUGUUUGCCCAUUGUUCUACUAGCUUUCCAGCUGGCUUUUGUCAGCUUUGGUCUUUAUCCGCUGGCUGCUGUCGUUAGCAGCGAAGUUUUGCCCACAAAGCUGCACGAUUUGCUGUACUCAGUGGCUUCUGCCGUUUCGUGGCUUCUGCUCUUCGGAAUGAUUGAGGCAUUCAAUGCAGUCAAAGCCACAAACGCUCCCGGCUUGGUGCUUUAUCUGUGGGUCUUUGCCGGCGCCUCCAUAUUCGUGGGUGUGAUAUCGAUUCCACUGCUGCCGGAGACGCGCAACCGACGUCCGUCGGCGGUGCAACGCGACCUGGGUUAUGUGGACGAUGGCGGAGUGGCCAAAGGACCGGCCGCGACCAACGGACACAUUUCCACACACAUCUGAGAUGCUCGAGUAUUCACUCACUGCUAGCUUUACCUACGAUAUUAAUAACGAAUUUAGUUUUAAAGCCUACACAAAAGUAUACAAUAAAAUAUGAUUGGUUGCACAAGUGCCUCUAAUCAGCCAAUUUCAAACCAAA